UUGAAUAUGAUAUGAAAAGGUUGAGCAAUUUAUAACCUCAAAUUAAUGUGUUAAAUAUAAUUUAUUUUUAAAGACAAAAUUAAAUAGUUUUAAAAUGUCUGUGAUGCUAACAGCAGACUGGUUUUCGCUGGAACGUGACAAUUAUUUUAGAAAAUUUGAAAUCUAUCCUCUUUCGUUUCGUCACGAAAGUAGUUUAGAUAAUUUAGUAGUUGCUGCUCCUUAUGGAGGUUCAAUAGCUAUAUGUAGAAAUCCAAAAAAAUUUGUAAAAGUACAAGGAUCGACAAAAGCAGUUAUUUCUUUAUAUUCGUCAUCUGGGCAGUUAAUGGCAAAGCUGCAAUGGAACAGUGGACAAUUAGUUGCAAUGGGAUGGUCGCAUCAAGAAGAAUUGUUAUGUAUACAAGAAGACGGAAUGGUUUUAAUAUAUGAUAUCUUUGGUCAUUAUCAACACACAUUUAGCAUGGGAGAAGAAGCAAAAGAAACAAAAAUUAUUGAAGCUAAAUUUUUUCCAAGCAUAAACGGCACAGGUGUAGCAAUUUUAACAUCAGCCAAUCGUAUUUUUCUUGUAAAUAAUGUAGGAGAACCGAAAGUUAGAAAAUUUGCAGAUUUACCUAAAUUUAGUGGGAUGAUUGACAGUUGGUGUGUAAUCCGUCAAGACAGAGAAAGUCAAAUAAUAUUAGCAAAUCAAGAUGGUAUACAUCAAUUACAUCAUUCUUAUCAAACACCGAUUUCAAUACCUUUUAAUAAACUUUUUAACAAUAAAGUAAGUGGAAUCAAUACAAUAGCAGUUUCAAGCAAUAGUCAACACAUUGCUUUGUAUGCUGAUUCUGGCUAUUUAUUUCUUGGUUCUGUCAACCUGAGAGAAAAAUAUUGUGAAUAUACUACCAAUAUAAAAGACUCGCUAACAGAUAUCGCAUGGUGUGGUUCAGAGGCAGUGGUUUGCUGUUGGAACAAUACUAUGAUGAUAUUUGGCUUAAAGGGAGAAGAAAUAAUAUCCUAUUCUUAUGAAGGACCGGUUAAUUUAAUAACAGAGAUAGACUGUGUUAGAGUUCUUUCAGCUUAUUCUCACGAAAUAAUUCAAAAAGUUCCUCAAGUUGUCCAAAAAAUAUUUCGAAUUAACUCUACAGAUGCUGCUUCCUACCUCCUAGAAGCUUCAAAACAAUUUAAAAAAAGAAGUCACAAAGCUGAUAGUUAUAUUGAUUUAGUAAAAGAUAAAUUAGAUUCUGCAGUAAUGAAUUGUAUUACUGCUGUAAGUCAUGAAUUUGAUUUCCAAACCCAAAAACUUCUUAUGCGAGCAGCCAAAUUUGGGAAGGGAUUUAGUAGAAAUAUCAAUCCUGAUUACUAUGUUAAUAUGUGCAGAACAUUAAGAGUUUUAAAUGCUAUAAGACAUCCUAAAAUUGGUAUACCACUAACAUACGUACAAUUAAAUACAUUAUCAUAUCAGGUAAUGUUAGAUAGAUUAGUUGCUAGAAAACAUUAUUAUCUUGGUAUACAAAUAUCUAGACAUCUUCAGUUAUCAGAAAUUGAUGGCGAAAGCAGAAUAUUAGCCCAUUGGGCAUGCUAUAAGGUUAAACAAACGCAACUUGAUAAAGAACAAAUAGCAGAAGAAAUUGCUGAUAAAUUAGGAUAUACUCCAGGUGUUUCAUAUAGCGAAAUUGCAGUAAGAGCUGCAGAUUGUGGAAGAAAACAACUUGCUAUAAAGUUGAUUGAUUACGAGCCAAAAGCGCAAUUACAAGUUCCAUUACUAUUAAGAUUAGGAGAAGAACAAGCUGCGCUCAAGAAAGCAGUAGAAAGUGGAAAUACAGAUUUAGUUUAUACUGUUAUACUACAUUUAAGAGAACAUAUGCCACUUUCAGAUUUUCAGAUGGCCAUUAUGCAUUGCCCAUUAGCAAUGACAUUGUAUAUAAAAUAUUGUCAAAAUCAUAAUCGGGAAACAUUACGCGAUAUUUAUAAUCAAUAUGAUGAUUAUUAUUCUCAAGCACUUUGGUUUAUUAAGGAAAGUUAUCAGAAUUCUACUUCAAGGGAUGCAAUGUUACAAUCUGCAUUAGAUCAUUUUAAAUUGAGCAAGCACGAUGCAAAUUCGUGCUUGAUAGACGAACAGAUAAAAUUAUUAAGGUAUCAACGUUCCUUGGAAGAAACUUUACACGAAUCUGUAGUUGGAAAACCACUUCAUGAUACAGUAAAAGUUUUACUUUUACACAAUGAAAUUAAAUUAGCUGAUAAAUUAAGAUCAGAAUAUAAGUUUCCAGACCGAAGAUACUGGUGGUUACGAAUACAAUGUUUGGCUGAGCAAGGAUUAUGGAAUGAGUUAGAAAAAUUUUCCAAAUACAAAAAAUCUCCAAUUGGAUAUGAGCCUUUCAUGGACCAGUGUUUGAAAUAUAAAAAAGAAUUAGAGGCAAAAAAAUAUCUUCCUCGGAUUAAGGAUGAAUUGAAAGUUAAAUAUUUUGUGAAACUGGAUAUGUUACUAGAAGCUGCUCAAACUGCCUUAGAGCAUAAAGAUUUAGCUGCUAUUACUUUUGUAUUAGCCCGAUGUAAUAAUAGAAGAUUGCAAGAAAAAAUCGGUGCUAUGGUAGCAAGUCUUAGAAAUGGAAAGUGAAUUUAAUUUUGAAAUAAAAAUUUUGGUUCAGUUAAAUUUUA